GUACAUUGUGCUGCCAAUGUACGUUAAGCCAUCCAUAGCUACCUCUUUUGACCUAUAUAGUGUAUUAGAAAUAUACCCUUCUAUACACUUUGCGAUGCGUCAAGAGAAAAUGGAUUUUAAAGAAAUUAUAAAGCAUCUCGGAGAUUUUGGACCUUAUCAGAAACGGCUGUAUUAUCUGUUAUGUUUUGUGUCGUCAUCCUGUGCUAUUCAAGUUUUACUUACUGUUUUUACUUUUGGAAUUCCGGAGUAUAGAUGCACCCCUCCCGACCUUAGAAAUGACACUUUUCACACAAGAGGGGUAAACGGGUCAUCCUCAGAGUUUGAAUAUGAUAAUAAAAUAUAUCAACAAUGCACAAUAUCAACACGGGCUACCAACAACAACUCACUGGAGAAUGUAACAGAAUGUGAUGGAUGGGUCUAUGAUGAAUCUGUAUUCCAAUACACCAUUAUUUCACAAAUGAAUUUAGUCUGCGAGAAAACCAUAUGGAAAUCACACGCCCAGAUGCUUUUGGCGGUCGGACAGUUAAUUGGGUGCGCCCUUGUGGGGCCCUUAUCUGAUAGAUUUGGAAGGAAGAAAACACUAUGUUCCUUUUUGAUUUGUCUGAUUGUAACUACAAUAUUCGUGGUGUUGUCGCCUAAUAUCGUCGCCAUUCUUACAUUUUAUUUCUUUAUUGGUACUGCUAUCACAGGAACAUUUACGCCAGCAUUUAUAUUGGGUAUGGAACUUGUGGGGCCAAGUAAAAGAUCAUUAACUGGUUGUAUUAUUAAUUAUUUCUGGAGUUUUGGUAGCAUUGUCUUGGCAGCGAUGGCUUAUUUUAUAAGAAAUUGGAAAUAUCUUCAACUCUCUCUAGCAGUACCGAAUAUUCUGCUACUCUCAUAUUUCUGGUUUAUUGAUGAGUCUCCCAGGUGGUUAAUCAAUAAAGGGAGAUAUAAAGAAGCUGAAAAGAUCAUUCAAAAAGCAGCUAAAGUUAAUAAAGUUGUUAUACCAGAAGGUGUUUUGAAAAAGAACACUGAGGUUACCAACAACGAGAAUCAAUCUAUAACAAAAAUAUUUACCUCGUGGACCCUUGUAAAACGAACGGUCAUAAUUUACAUCAAUUGGGCAACAUGUAGUCUGACCUUCUAUGGAGUAGCUCUUCAUGCCAGCAGUUUAAGCGGUAACUUGUUUCUGAACUUUUUCCUGAUAUCUGCCGUGGAACUGCCUGGAUUUAUAAUAUGUAAUGUACUCAUUGACAGACUAGGGCGGCGUAUCCUGUACUGCUCCUCCAUGAUAUUUUGUGGUUUAUCUUUAGUCAUGACCACACUACCAAUUGUAUUUGCAGAUGAAUCUUUCAGCUGGACAGUCACCCUCCUGGCAGUACUAGGAAAACUUGGAAUUACUGCAGCCUUUGCUAACUUGUGGAUAUAUACAUCUGAAUUAUUUCCAACAGUUGUUAGAAAUUCAGGUGUAGGAUCUAGUAGUAUGAUGGCUAGAUUAGCAGCAACAUCUUCACCAUACGUUGCUAACCUUGGAUUGAUGAUACCUGGUGCUAUAGGUAAAGCAGCACCUAUGAUUAUAUUUGGAAUAACUUCAAUAAUAGCAGGAUUACUGGCCUUACUCUUACCUGAAACUAAAGGUCGUUUUUUACCAGAAACUAUCGAAGAUGCUGAACAAUUUACAAAGUUAAAUAUACAACAUGAGAACGCCCGAUUAAAAGAAAACUCAAAUUCAGAAAAUUAUACAACCCACAUGUAAUAUGAAAUAAAAAUAUAACAUGAUGUUAUUAAAACAUCAUGUUGACUGUAAAUUAUUUUAUAUACCUCCUCUCAUAUUUUAACGAAUAUACUUCAAUCACAUAUAUUCAAUUAAAUAUACUUUGUUUAUCUCUUGCCAAUAACCGUACCCCCUACAAUGGAUAAGAAUAUAUUGAUACGCUUCGCUCCUAAAAGUUCCAUCAGCGAUGUAUUUCUUUGGUGAUCUUUAGCAAAUAAAAUAUAAAUUAGGAUAUUGUAAUGUACAUUUUGAAAAUACAGUUAAAACUUUCACUUUAUAUCAGUUGAUAAUUGGUUUUAGUAUACAAAGUGGCUUAAUAAAUAACACUGAUGAAGCUCUCGGGCUUUUGAUUCCUCACUACUACUACUACUACUAUUACUACUACUACUACUACUACUACCUACUACUACUACUACUACUAAUAAUAAUAAUAAUAACAAUAACAAUAAUAAUGAUAAUAAUAAUAAUAGCUUGAGGUUAGCGUCCACUUCCACCUGGGGUGAUAUCGCAAGCAAGAUUCAGUUAUCCAGAAACAACUGCCGUUUUAUUCAUAGCUCAUUAAACAUGGGUACAAUUAAUAAUAUUAAAGAGUAAACAUGCCGUCAAUUAGGUUAAUAUGGGAGAAUGCUAUGGGUGUUAAUAUAUGGGUGUCUAUACAAAAAGGUAUAUGUAUUGUAUUCGAAUAUUGUAUCUACCUGAAAACCGUAUACGGGGUUGAAAAUAAUUUUUAUAUAAACAUAACAUUAUAAAAUGAA